ACCCCUCUGAAAUCAUCAUGACGUAGCAUUUAGUGAAUUAUGGCGAAAGUUAGGAAACGUCAACAUGUGCAAGUUGAAGGGAAAACCUCGGAUAAAAGCUCAGUAUCCAAGAAUGACAGUAAAGGGAUGACGAGCGGGAGAUCAGACGUGUUUCUGAAGCUUUUCGCUGCCGGAUUUUACGGGCUGAGCUCGUUUCUAAUCGUUGUUGUGAACAAAAGCGUCCUCACCAGUUACAGAUUCCCCUCAUCAACAUGUGUUGGGAUCGGUCAAAUGCUGGCUACAAUACUAGUACUAGGAGCUGCAAAGGCAAUAGGUGUUAUCAAAUUUCCAGGUUUGGACAGGAGCAUCCCAAACAAGAUGUUUCCCCUACCUCUUCUGUAUGUUGGGAAUCAGGUAUCAGGACUUCUAGGAACCAAAAGACUCAAUCUACCCAUGUUUACGGUUUUAAGAAGAUUCUCUAUUUUGCUAACCAUGUUGGCUGAGGGAAUCCUACUUAAAAAGACAUUCUCUGGGCCUAUCAAGGCAACAGUGUUUGCCAUGAUCUUUGGAGCCUUUGUAGCUGCAAGCACUGAUUUGGCCUUUGAUCUUCAAGGUUAUUUUUUCAUAAUGCUCAACAAUGUUCUGACUGCAGCCAAUGGGGCCUAUGUGAAGCAGAAACUUGACUCCAAGGAGCUCGGCAAAUAUGGGCUGUUGUACUACAACGCUUUAUUUAUGAUCAUCCCUACAGUGGCAUAUGCACAUUUCGCCGGGGAUCUACAAAUGGCAUUGGAGUUUGAAGGGUGGUCGGACAUGCUGUUUUUGUUCCAGUUUGUGCUUUCCUGUGUUCUGGGCUUUGUUUUAAUGUACUCCAUUGUGCUUUGCACUCAGCACAACUCGGCAUUGACCACCACCAUAGUGGGCUGUAUUAAAAAUAUUUUAGUCACGUACCUUGGAAUGGUCUUUGGCGGAGACUAUAUUUUCACCUGGGCCAACUUCAUUGGAUUAAACAUCAGCAUUGCUGGCAGUCUGGUGUACUCCUACAUCACGUUCACAGAUGAACAAUCAAAAAAGCCUUAAAUGUGGGUGCCACUGGAAGGUUGGAGCUGGAGAUGGACUCUUUGUAAGACAUGUACUGUAUGUGUAUGUAAAACAUUUUGAGGACUUGGGUGUUUCGAUCCAUGAACAUUUAUUUACCUUUGGCCACUAUUUCAGGAUUUUCUAAUAAUCAUAUCUAAUAAUUAUACUAUCAUGAGACUGAAUCAAGUGUUCUAGACGAUUUGUGCCUAAUCAAGUAAAUACAGUAACUAUGGCCGGAAUUCAAUAAAAGACACGUUGUAGCACUGUAAACAUAUUUUCCGCUUGAGCCAACAUCUGCAGCUUUUACCAUGAAUGUGAUCUCCACAAACAUCUGGGAAAUUGACUUUUAAUUGUCGGUUCUGCAAUGCACUUGUCGACAAUGCGCCUCUGAUUCUCGGCCUGUUUAUUCACAUUACCAUUGAAUUAUUUGAUUAUGCAAUGAGCCAUUUGAUACUUUUGUUUAUUCAAAAAAGUUUUACAUGUACAAAAAAAAGUGUUAUAUUUUGUGAACCUAAUUUCUAAGCAAAGCGCUUUACAUUUUUUACUAGUAUGUUCAACAUUGUCAACCUCGGAAAUGUAAGUUGCUAUGUUGGUUACAUGCAUAUUUCAAAUGUUGAAAUAUGGCUAGGUUUCAUUUCCUGUCACACUGAUGAAAAAUGUAUGAAAUCUCCCCCACUUUUACCUUGUCCAAAUCAUAAUUAAAAUCAAUUUUCCUACCCUAAAAUCAUUAGAUUUUAUCAUUGAUAAAGUGCCUAAUUUGCAGUUGGGGCACAGUAAAAACAUGAAAUAAAACAAUGCAGGUCA